UCACCUCGUCUAGUUAUUGAGUAUCAUUUUCCCAGCCCGCUUGCUCAUUCUAAAGGCGCUACUUCCCUCUCUGAACUACUAAGAGCUCUCUGCAGCCAAGUAACUCAGCGAUUUCUGUCCCUCUCACGCAAUACUCCGCGAUGGCUCUCGUUUCCAAGGUCAGCGGCGUGCUGUGCCUCGUGUUCUUCCUGUUAGCUCUUGCCCUCACUCCCGCCAGCGCCAUUUCCACUACCUACAGCGAGGGAAUCAACUACGGAGGCGGCGCGUGCAAUUACGAAGGCAAUUUCCGCGACAGCCCGUUUUUCUACAACGGUCUAACCGCGUACGUGCCUCAGAGCAAGUACAACGGCGGCAAGGGCUGCGGCACGUGCUACGAGGUUUCCUGCAAGAACAACCCGAGCUGCAAGAGCGGCAGCGUGACGGUUCGAGCCGUUGGGAAGCAAGGCGACGAUUUCCUCCUCUCCUCGACCGCGUGGGACAAAAUCGUGCGCGACCGGUCCGCGGGCCGCGUGGAGAUUAAGUACCGCAGCGUAGACUGCCCUAAGAGCGCCAACAUGGCGGUCAAGAUCAUGCCCGGGAGCAACGCGUACUGGUUCGCGGUUCAGAUUCUGGGCGGCGCGAAGGCCGGCGGGGUGGAGAAGGUGGAGAUCUCGAAGGACGGGAGCAGCUGGAAGAGCAUGAGCGCGCAGGGAGAGAGCGCCACGUGGAUCAUGAAUCCCGCCAAGGAGAUCGUGGAUGCGGGGAGGAAGGUGAGCGUGCGCGUGACGGCGGUGGGGGGUGGGUCGCAGGCGGUGCUGACUGAUAUCAUUCCAGUGAAGUGGAGCGCUGGAACGACAUACGAGAGCAGCGGUAACUUUUGAACACAAGGGCGCGUUGCGAGGAGGUGUUGCCGACACGAAAGCGUAGUGUAGAAACGUGGAAUAAAAGCCAGAGGACCAAUCAUGAUGAGACUGAGUCAUUGGCGUACUGGUAGGCAUUUGCCCCGCACUGAAUAAGUGCUUGUCUUGCAUGGAGUACUCUUGUUUGAUGUCCAACUUAUCAUGUCCACAAUAUACACAGUCACCUACA